CCAGCCGACGGUUCGCCUUCUCUUUGCUGCUUUAAUUGGGUGUAGUAAAAGUCGGCGCUUGCUGGCCUUGCCAUCCGCUGCAGGAAAAGACUGCGUUUGCCGAAAAAAAUAAAGAAGAUAUCGAGAAUGACCGAGGGCGACUGGGAUAAGAAAAUUACUUCAGCUUCAAAUUCAGAAACAGAAAUGAAACCUGAACAACUGCCUCCUUGUGUGAACCCUGGCAAUCCUGUGUUUUCAUGUAUGUUGGACCCAAAGACACUCCAUACAGCUACCUCACUAUCAAAACCUAAGAUGAUUAUGUAUAAAACCAAUUCAAGUAAUUAUGGUGAAUUUUUAACCAUGCCACAGUUUUUCCCCUGCUAUUAUACUCCAAAGGACCAAGUAUUUUCAAGCAAUAUCAGAGCUACUGGAUUUUAUCAAAAUAACACUCUAAACACUGCGCCUGACAGAACAAGAACCCUUGAUUUUCCUAAUUUUCAACACACUCUAUGA